GCACUUCUCCCUGCGCUGGCCUCUACUUCUUGGGCAUUCUUUUUUCUUUUCCCUCUUCCUUUCCUUCUUAUUAACUAGCAUUCGCAUUUUGUUGGCGUCGCUGGUUUUUAAACGGUCUUCUUUCUUUAUUCCUGUGUCGGGACCUAGAGAAGUUCUUCCGGCCACGAUCCACCCGAACAGUUCAUUCACGACACGAUACAUAAUACUAUGCCCCGAGUCUGAUCUUGUGCCCCGCCGACCAACUCAUUCUCUCUCACGAAAUAUUUGCAUUGAUUGCUAUACCCCAUCUAUAAUCAUACAACCUUGAUAACACCAUGGUGGACUGGCUCAGUCUCGCCGUGCCGCUCGCCUACCUGGGCGUUCUAAUCGGCUCAUUGGCAACUUUCUCUUCGCUAUACCGCAAGCGCAAGGCCAGAAAGGCUGCCUCUUUGGAACCAUGGUUUCCCGCACACCUCCAACGAGAUAUUUACUUCUCCCUCAUGCACCUUGAUCCGCCCGCAACCUCGUCCAAAGAGAAGAAGGCCCCCGCCGUGCCGGAGUCGGUACUCAAGGCUGCGCUGUUGAGACGGGCUGCGGAAGACAUUAAGCGCGUCAUGGCACUCCGGAGCCAGAAGCAGGCACUGGCUAUGCUUUUGCAACGGGGCAGUGUGGGAGAUGACCUGUGGCAGCGCUUCUUGAGAGCCGAGAAGGAGAUGGAAGAUGAGGUUCGCGAUGUUGUGUCUGAGGCCAACGCUUACGCACCUAACUGGGGCCAAACUAUUUUCCAAUCGGCAAACGAGAUGAUGAACAACACAAUUUUCCGGGAGCGAGUCGAAGCCCAACAAGCAAAAUUGCAGGAGGAGCGUGAAUGGUGGGAUCGGAAGAAGGCCACUGUUAUGAAAGAAUUGGAUGGCGAAGGAUCUACCGACAAGGGUGAAUCGACUGCAGCCCAAACCACGACAAAAACCGCGCCUUCUGAAGUAAAGACCCCCGAAUCCUCAGCUGCCCCAUCCAUGACUGGAAGUGAUGAUGAUGCUGUUUUGGUUGAGGCUGAUCAGCAGAGCGCGAACACACCAGGGACUCCUGGGAAGAAGAAGAAGGGCAAGAAAUGAGUGGUAAACAGCUGCUAUCCAUUACCGAUCAAUCAAUUCCAUGUGAAAUUACUGUCUUCAAUAUAUCUAUGGGGUGUUUUCCUUGAACUAUGGUCUAUAUUGGUUUUCAUCUAGUCUACAUCUGUUCUCUCUAUUCAGACCGGCUAGAACAUGGUGCUUCACUGUAUGG